AUGGCCUCUCUCUCCGACCAAGACCUGGAGAUGGGCCUGUUCUGCCCGCGGAAUUACCAAACGGAGAUGUUCGAGGCCAGCCUGCAGGAGAAUAUCAUUGUUGCCCUGAUCUGGUUCCUGGCUCCAACGGUCGCUCUAUGCUUCCAACAGCAUGACGUGAUCACCAAGAAUCUCCCGGCGGUCAAAUCUAGAACCCUCACGGGACAGGACAAAGUCGAGCUCUGGACCGAGCAAGCCAUCUGGGAUGCGAUCCUCAAGGACAUGCAGGUGGUGGUCUCGACUCACGCGGUCCUUGCUGAUGCUAUGAGUAACGGCUUCGUGCGUGUGUCCCAACUGGGACUUCUCAUCUUCGAUGAAGCACACCACUGUAUGCGACGUCACCCAGCAAACAGGAUCAUGCAGGAUUUCUACCACCCCACCCUGGUUAAGCAGGGUCCCGAUGCUGUACCCGGAAUCCUAGGUCUUACGGCGAGUCCUGUAGUACGGACAAACAGCCAGGAGCUGUCCAUGAUCGAGUCGAAUAUGAAUGCGAUAUGCAAAACUCCCCGUGCGCAUCGUCAGGAGCUGUUGACUCAUACACAUCGCCCUCAUUUGCAACAGAUCUGGUAUACGCCUGUUAACAUCGACGAUCCCACUUCUGGCACCAGGACGUUGAGGGCUCUUAUCCAUGCCUGGGAGACUAUCGACCUGGAAGAUGACCCUUACGUCAAACAGCUCCGCAGAAGUACCUUUGACGGCAAGGCUCUCCAGAAAGCCCUCUUGACCCGCAAGACCUAUUGCAACGAAAGCCUGAGGAGGUUUGUUGAGCGCAGCUGUCAUAUUUUUCAGGAGCUGGGCGGCUGGGCCGUAGACUACUUUAUUCAUGCCUCCAUACGACGGCUGAGAGAGAAGAUCGACGACUCCGCCUUGAUGCUCGACUGGGAUAACGAGGAGAAAGAGUAUCUGGCCAGUUUCCUUUCCAAUAUCGCUACUAUCCAGAGCGACCCUCCACGCCGGCCAGAAGACUUCAUUCCGUCGCCGAAGCUGGAAGCGUUGAUUUCGUUUCUGAGCAGCACGGAUGACUCGACGUUCUCUGGCUUAAUAUUUGCCAAGCAACGCGCAACAGUGACUGUUCUGGCCACGCUACUAUCCGUACACCCCCUCACCAAGGAUCGGUUUCGCUGUGCCGCGUUUGUCGGUUGGUCGGGCGGAGGCAACCGGAAGGACCUUAUCGGAGAGCUCCUCAGCAUGCAGAUGCAGCGGGAUACUCUGUCGGAGUUCCGGAGCGGCCAGAAAAACCUCAUCGUCGCUACUGAUGUGUUGGAGGAAGGCAUCGAUAUUAGUGCGUGUAGCGUGGUGAUAUGUUAUGACAAGCCGGCGAAUGUGAAGUCGUUCGUCCAGCGCCGUGGGCGGGCGCGGCGAAAGGAGUCAACGUUUGCGAUCCUAUUCUCGACCGACGAUGAACUCUGCGACCUUAGGAAAUGGCAGCUCUUAGAGGAGGCCAUGAUCGAAGCCUAUCAAGACGACGAACGCAAGCGCUGCGAGGCACUGGCUCUGGAGACGAUGGCAGAAGUGGUCACGGAACGAUUUGAAGUAGAAUCGACGGGGGCUGUUUUGACCGCCGAUACUGCGGUCGCACGUCUCCAUCAUUUCUGCUCCAUCCUACCCCAGCAGCCAUACGUAGAUAACAGGCCAGAGUUAUCCUUUGAAUACGACGGCACCGGGCGACGACGAGGAACGUUUAAACUGCCCAGCUGCGUCCAUCCCGAUGUCCGACGCACUCGGGGCGAGAAAUGGUGGACCACCGAGCGUGCCGCGACAAAAGAAGCAGCGUUCCAAACGUGCAAGCGUCUGUACGAAUUUGGCCUCCUGAACGACCAUCUGCUCCCGUUGACUAGAAAGCCCGAGCUCCGGCUGACGGAUUUCGGCGGCCUACCGUCUAUUAUUGAAGUCGCGGAGCAAUACGAUCCCUGGACGGACUGGGCUUACUCGUGGUCUUCCCCGGACAUCCACCAGAGUCGUAUCCGCGUGCAGCUCAAUGGGAAUCCAGAGUAUCAGCUGUCGAUGUCCCUGAUGGGGCCGACAGUUCUCCCCGCGUUGGACGCAAUGACGCUGUUUUGGGACAGCCAGAACAUAUUCACUCUUGCCUUUGACGCGGCGCAGAGAGUACCAUUGGUCCCGGGGGAUGUCAUAGAGCACAUGCGGGCCAUUACAGCCCUUUACCUACAAGCCCCGAGCUCUCGUUCCAUCCGCGAGGAGCGCGACUACGUGGCCCUCUUCGGCCCCGACCUGCCGCACACCGAGUUGGGCGCAUGGCUGCUGAAGAACGGCGGUAACGACACGGCGCUGGACGUCUAUUCGCGCCAGGUAGCGUCCCCAACUAUGGGCAUUGUGCGCGACCGUACUCGCUACGACGAGCCUCUUCUGUUUAAGAAAUGGGUUGUCACAGAGGACGGUGACGUCGCUGUGGUGGAAAUGGAAUGCCACUCGCUCCCUAAGCGUCGAAACCUGUUGCAGCGUCAGACCCUUGCGCAGGGGGAGAUUGUCACCACUGCGGUAGACACCGCACCUGCGAAAGCUCGCAUCAUCCCAGCCACGGCCUGCACGAUAGACAGACUCCCUUUUACAGACACGAUCUUUGGGCUGUUCAUUUCGGCUAUCCUGGACCGUCUGGAAGCCACUCUGAUUGCCACCCGACUCUGCGAGACUAUACUGCAAGACGUGCAAUUCAGCAGCACUCGUCAUGUCAUCACGGCCAUCUCAGCCCCCACGGCCCAGAGCCCGACAGACUACCAACGCUACGAAUUCUUCGGCGACUCCGUCCUCAAGUUCACCGUCUCGUGCCAGCUCUACAUGCAACACCCCAACUGGCCCGAAGGGUAUCUCUCCGAGGGCCGGGACGAGAUCGUCCAAAACAACCGCCUGGCACGCGCCGCUCUCGAUGUCGGCCUGGACGCCUUCAUCCUCACCAGGAGGUUCACGCCGCGCAAGUGGACCGCGCCGCUGAUCUCAGAGAAGGCGGUAGAAGUCGCAGGGAAGCGACCGCUAUCAAGCAAAGUGCUGGCGGACGUGGUCGAGUCCCUCAUCGGCGCGGCGUACAUGGACGGCGGCCAGGCAAAAGCCCACACAUGCAUCCGCCGUCUUCUCCCAGAGAUCGAGAUCUGCCCCAUUACCCCUCCGCCCGUCCACGAGUCCGCGCCGCACGUCAUGAACGACAGCCUCAAGCAGCACCUCGGCUACACCUUCGUCAACGAGGCCCUCCUCGUCGAAGCCCUCACCCACCCCUCGUGCCGCUCCGACGCCUCCACCCAGUCCUACCAGCGCCUCGAGUUCCUCGGCGACGCCGUCCUCGACAUGGUCGUCGUGCACGCCAUGGCCCACCACGCCGUCGAGUGCCCGCAGGGCGAAAUGACCAUGAUCAAGCACGCGCUCACCAACGCCAACCUCCUCGCCUUCUUCUGCAUGGAGUUUGUCGUCGCACAGGAACACACAGACGUGGACGCCGUGCCCGCCGCCGGUGGGUUCGCCCUCCGCUCGGAGCAGAAACCCAUCGAGCUGUGGCGAUUCAUGCGCAGCGAGGCGCUGGAUCUCAACAACGCCCGCGAGACCGUCCUGCACCGCCAUAGCCAGCUGCGCGCCGAGAUCGUCCACGCCCUCCACCACGGCGCGCAGUACCCCUGGCAAGCGCUGUCGCAGCUCAACGCCGACAAGUUCUUUUCCGACAUCGUCGAGAGUAUCCUGGGGGCUAUUUUUGUUGAUUCGCGCGGCGACUUGGACGUCUGCGCCAUGUUCGUCGAGCGCAUCGGGCUACUGCCGUACUUGCGGCGCAUUUUGGCUGACCGGGUGGAUGUCAUGCAUCCGAGGCACACUGCACAGCGGCUUUCCAAGGGCGAGGCGCUGUUUACCGCUAAGCGGGUUGUGGAUGGCAGCGGGAACGCGAGCUACAGAUGUGUGGUGAAGAGGAAUAAAGAGGAGAUCGUCGUUGUGGAAGGGUGUCUCUCCAGCGAAGAGGCCGAGGUUAAGGCGGCGAAUGCUACGAUUGGGAUUCUUAGGGCCAACGCGUAUGAGUUCUUGGAUCGGUGCGGUGGCCUAUGCCGUUGGAUCUCCUACGGAUCUAGAAACAUUGAUCCUUAUCGCAUGAUAAUAAAUAUAGCGACAUCUUCCAUGCUACUUCUUUCCUCCCUUUGGCCGACCGCGUGUCUUCCGCUUCGGCUGCGGCUCGGGCUCUUCCUCUGGCUCACUUCCCUCCGAUGCAUCACCGUCCGAGUCAACCGGUUCCUCCUCGCUGGGUGCAUUGGCGACAAUCACUCCGUCGUCAGUGCCAUCGUCGACAGACGACAGAUUGUCGGCAUCACCUUUGGACACCGACUCCCACGCAGUCUCGCCCGACCGAGAUUCCUUCUGGAUCCCCGCAAGAACCUUCUUCGCCUCGCUCUCCUCUCCGUUCCAGGCCCCACAGCUGCCACACCGCCAGCGCCCGAGUUCCUCCAGCGUUUUGACCCCCGGCGGGGCCUGGCCAUUGACCAGCCGACAAUUCGUACAGAUCAGGGCAAGACGGUUCUUCGGCUGCGUCUCGUCCUCGCCGAGGAGCACGUCCAGCAGACGGUCGUACCAGCGGUGUUGUUCGAUAUAUUGUGGAGCGCUGGGGAACGCGUUCGGCGCGAAGCCGGGUUCGUCGAAGGCGGGCAUCGGGGACGGGGGCAUGUGUGGUGGUUGAGGGGGAGGGGGCGACUGCUGAUAGUUCUGGUUGGGAGACGGGGAGAAGGCCUGCGGCGGAGUCUGUUGGACGGGGGAUGGACGGCGGAUGUUGGCCGUCGGUGGGGGAGGAAGACCUGUGCGUUGGACGGGGGGUUGUUGCGGUGUGGAUGGGUUGUGUUUGGCGUCGGAUUUGCGCUUCUCCUGGUCUCCUCCGGUUUUGGACCGGGUUGA